AUGCUUGCUUCCCUCGGAAAACCGAGAGAAGAACAGCGAGACCGACUUUUAUCUGGGUCGCCAAAACUCUAUGAAGAUGUGAAACAAAUAGUUCAAGAUACGUUACCUCAAACACACUAUGAUAUGAAAGGUUGUACAAUACUUACAUUCAAAGAAGACUUACCGCUACUGAAAGAAAAAAUAACAGAGUAUGUUGACAAGUUCAAACAAGCAGAGUAA